CUUUGGACCGGCCUACUGUCUGUCUUAAUUUUAUCCCAGCUACAUUGUUUUGGUCCGCGAUGGGCGGGUCCAUUGUGCUUCGUCAUUCUUCGCUCCUCCGACUCUAUAUGAGUCCAUUCUACAUUGGAUUCAUUACAAUACAACACUAGUAAUAGGUAACACCGUGUGCCAUAACCGUGUUAUAACAUAUACACAACACCAUGUCCUCAUCUCAUAUACCGGAUGGGGACUGCCUGUUCUGCUGCAUCACCACCAAGGAGAAGGAAACCGAGAUUAUUCUGACCGAUGAUGAACUCGUGUGUUUUCGUGACUCGAAGCCCGGAGCCCGACACCACUUCCUGGUUGUUCCCAGAUCUCACUUGGGGAACUGCUCGUCGCUUCAGAGGGAACACAUACCACUUGUAGAGCAGAUGAAAGAGAUGGGAAGAAAAGUUUUGGAAAACAACAAAAUAAGUGACCUUCAGGAUGUCAGGAUGGGCUUCCAUUUGCCUCCCUUCUCCUCUGUGCCACACCUCCACCUCCACGUUUUGGCCCCCGCCAGUGAGAUGAACAGCAGGUCCCUGAGUCGCUACGGGCCCCAGUCCUACUGGUUCAUCACGGUGGACAACGUACUUCAUCAACUGAACACUCAAGGAAAAGUCAAAUGAAGAUAUUAACACACUUUUGAGUUAUUAAUCACUAUGUGUGUGACAGUUAAAACAGGGGAUAUAUAUUGAUAUAUAUUAAGUUCAAAAUGUAUGUAACUAUGUAUGUGUAUCUUUGUUAAAUAAAACUGCUCUUCUAAAUGGC